AGGUCCCUGGUUUGGCCAGGGGACUGGGCCCCUGACGCCGUCUGUCUGGAGAGAGGCAGGGGACGCAGGGGUGGAAGGGCAGCGGUGCUCCAGAACUCCAGGAGCCAGAAGCUGGAGAGGAAGCUGCAAAAUAUGAAGAAGGGGACAGGGGUCAGAGCCAGACCUGAGUGGGCGGCGGAAACAUAGGACUAGGGGCCUCGGUAAUGGGUGUCGGCACCUUGUGGCCUGGGGAGGGGGCCGGUGUUGGAGUAAAAUAAGCAAUUAGAGGGCAGAGCCAAGGGAGGAGGGUGGGAACGAAAAGAGAAGAGGAUAGGCACUUGCUCCACUCUGGCUGUGAGCCGGGCGGGGCUGGCCCAAGGCGGUCUCGUACAGAAGGUCCCGGGGCGUUGGUUCCAGAGGCCCCAGACUGGUGGAAGAUUUUAGGAGAACCGUGGAGAAGGUGAAGGCCUGGAGGGUUUUGAGGGAGAAGAGGCGGCGCGGUCGCGCUAGGUAUCUCCCUUUCUAUACUCAGGGCCGCCAGGUCUGAGCCCGGCACCGUGCGGCGCACGUGCGUGCGCGCAGAGAGUCCCCAAAGUUCUCCACUGAGACAAAGAGAAACUGCACCAGACGGAGACGUAGAGAGAAAAGAGGAGGAGAGACACAGAGAGGGGAGGAGGGAGGACGAGACUGAGAGAGGAGAAUGCGAAGAUCCGGGGAGGCGAGCUACAGAAACUGAUCUAGGGGCAUUGGGAGGGGGAGCGGAGAGGGAUCGAAUGGGGCCGGCCCUAGGCAAUCUGGGGUCUUGGGGCCGGGGUGGAAGCCGGGCUCUCCCAGCGGCGGGAUCCGACGCCGGGACGGCCGCACUGAGUCUCGGUCUGGUCGGCCCGCUCUCCUUUUCUCGCUGGUCGCAGAUGCUCAAGCCGCUUGUGGAGAAGCGGCGCCGGGACCGCAUCAACCGCAGCCUGGAAGAGCUGAGGCUGCUGCUGCUGGAGCGGACCCGGGACCAGAACCUCCGGAACCCGAAGCUGGAGAAAGCGGAGAUACUGGAGUUCGCCGUGGGCUACUUGAGGGAGCGAAGCCGGGUGGAGCCCCCGGCCGCCGCGGCUCCAGGGGUUCCCCGGUCCCCAGUCCAGGACGCCGAGGCGCUCGCCAGCUGCUACUUGUCCGGUUUCCGCGAGUGCCUGCUUCGCUUGGCGGCCUUCGCGCACGACGCCAGCCCGGCCGCCCGCGCCCAGCUCUUCUCCGCGCUGCACGGCUACCUGCGCCCCAAACCGCCCCGGCCCAAGCCGGUAGAUCCGAGGCCUCCAGCGCCGCGCCUAUCCCUGGACCCCGCCGCACCGGCCCUUGGCCCCGCGCUGCACCAGCGCCCCCCAGUGCACCAGGGCCCCCCUAGCCCGCGCUGCGCAUGGUCCCCAUCCCUCUGCUCCCCGCGCGCGGGGGAUUCUGGCGCGCCGGCGCCCCUCACUGGACUGCUGCCGCCGCCACCGCCGCCUCACAGACAAGACGGGGCGCCCAAGGCCCCGCUGCCCCCGCCGCCCGCUUUCUGGAGACCUUGGCCCUGAGCCUUGCGGGGGGGGUGGGGGCGGGGUCUAGGGGUGGGGUAGAGACUCCAGCCCGAGGGCAGCAGAGGGACCCGGGCGUCCGGGCGAGCAGGUGUUGGGGAGGGCGGUGGGGCGCGCGGGCUCAGCGCGCGGGUGAGAUGUGGUCUAUAUUAGAGUAUCUAUAUAAAUAUAUAUUUCCCUGGUUCCUGUCCCUUUUCCCUGCCCCAACUUCUCCCUUGCGUCUAGGAUUGUACUCUCUCUGCCCCUCAGCCCAGUCCCAGUCCCUUCCCGAGUCCCUAGUGCAUGGAAUAAAGUGGUUAUUAAAUCCCCGUGUGUCCCCGAGCCAGGGGCCUGCCUUUAUCUCGACGUCCACGCCCACUUUCCCUUCCCUUCUGUCUCCCACCCUCAGUCCUGCUCUCCAUGGCCCAAGCCCCGGGGCAGACAGGUAAGUAAAGAAGAGAGCAGAGCGGGAACUGAGAUCGAAAUUGAAACCAGGUGGAAAGAGAGAGAUAGGGUAGGGGGAGAAGGGAUGGGGGCCUUUAAGAAAAAAACGGAUAAAAAGGAAAAAUUGAAAUAAAAUCGACUCUGGUGGGAUUCGAACCCACAACCUUUGAAUUGCUCUAUUCGUCAACUAGAAGUCCAAUGCGCUAUCCAUUGCGCCACAGAGCCACCCGGCAGGCGGUGGCGUCUUGUACCUUACGGGUACUAGAGCGGGAAUGGGGCAGGGUUGGGGAGUGGGGCUAAGGGACUUGGGCGGGACAUGCCAGGAGGGCGCGGUUUGGAUCUCAGAGGCCAAGCCAGGUAGAGGUAGCGGGCGCAAAGCAUGUUAGCCAGGUGAGAGAGAGGGCGCACAUGGGUCGAAAAAACAGGGAGGAAGAGCAACCGAAAAUGGCUGAGCGAGCGAGUGCAGAGCUCCGGCUGCCCGCUUGGGGGGUGUUUCCGGCUCAGGCGCUCCCCACUCCCGGAUAUAGUCCCACCCAAAUAAACUAGUUUUGUUGUAAA